CAGGCUCGGAUUUUAACGGCACGAACUGAUUUUAAAACAAAAAAAACAAUUUUUGAUAAGAAAAAAAACUUUAACUCAUUAAAGACUGUGAUUCACAAUAAAAUCAAAAAGUAAGAAACAAUUAAGAAAAAAAAAAUAAAACCAAAGACAACGAGAUCCAAAGAUUCCAAUAUUCUCAGAAAAUAGAAAAAUUGUCUUUCAUAGUGUUAUUUUUUUGUGUGUUUGUAAUAAGUGAUGUAGAUUCAUUUUUGAUAGAAACAAAAAAAAAUUAAAAAAGUAAUUAAAUUAGUACAAAAAAAGUAAAUUUAAAAAAAAAUUAGUGGCCCCUCAUCAACAUCUCAAUACAUGAGAAGAAUUGACCGAAUGGCGGCACUUUCUACCUUAACCCCAAAUGUGUCUCUUGAUAUUUAUCAAAGCACCCAAAAUAUCGACGCAUUAGUCGAGACAGCAGCUUCUGCAAUUCAGAGACGUGUCUCGCUGACAAAUUAUUUGAACAAUUUAGGCGGAAAUUUUGAUUUGUUUCAGUCUUUUGAUGGGUUUAAUGAGCAGGAAUUGAUUGGCGGACAUCAGUUCGAAGAGCCACACUAUCGUCAACCAUCCAUUCAACAACCAACACCCAUCAAUACUUCCGCCAAUCACGUGUUCAAUCAUUCACUGGACUCCCUUUUGUCCCCAAAAGAUUUUGAAAUAAUGCCCGCUACGCCCGACCUAAUGGUUUCGCGUAAACGUCGCGUUGACUGGAACACUGAAGAUGCCCUCACGGAUUUCUCGUCUGACUUUAGUAACAGCAAUUCGCCCAAGGUGCUUUUAAAAGAAGACGCUUCACCCGUUUACGGCAAUGAAAAUGUCGCAAGUAACUUUACGACGUCACAUGAGCAACCAGCAAAACGCCUCAAUAAAGGGCAACAAGGUCGUUUAACAUGGCCCGAUGACUUGGAAUUGGAUUUACAACAAGAAAUUUCGAACAGCAUCUAUAACGGUGACUCCUUAUUCAACUUUUCGGGCCUUACGGUGUUCAAACGUGAAUUUACCCAACCGACUCCCGAAAAUUAUUCGCCAAAUUGCGUAAAUGACGAUCCGCAACAGCAACAAUUGAUCAAUAAUUCGCGUAAUGAUGGUUGUUCCGGCAAUCGGCAGCAACAACAAGCGAUGCAAUCUGGUUUCAUGGGUACUGGAUCGACUGCUGGAGGAAGUGCUGGCAGUAGUGACAUGAAUCCGGGUCAGAAUUUCAAUUCGCCCAAUCAAUAUGAGAAUAAUGGAAGUCCUCCGCAACCGCCCCCGCCCCCCAUGGAGAUCGGAAAUGCAAAUUCUCGUGAGUCCUAUGGGCAAUUUGAGUAUAUGUUGAAAGCUGCAACAGCAAUUGGACAAAAACACAACGAAGACAGCUUGACGUAUCUCAACCAGGGACAGAGUUACGAGAUAAAAUUCAAGAAAACCGGCGAUUUGGGGGCUUUGCGAGGCAAAUUGUUGAAAAGUGUCAUCAAAAUUUGCUUUUAUGAGCGCCGUUUGCAGUACAUGGAAAAAGAACAGAUGCGCCAAUGGCAGGAAACCCAUCCGAAUGAUCGUGUUUUGGAGUUGGAUGUUCCUCUGAGUUACGGGAUUGUCCAUUUUAAUCAACCCGCGAACUUUAGUUUUAGCAAUAUGAUCGAAGUUUUGUGGGAUCCGCAACAGGAUUGUGGCGUUUACAUCCGAGUUAAUUGCAUUUCGACGGAAUUUACGCCCAAAAAGCAUGGCGGCGAGAAAGGCGUUCCGUUCAGAAUUCAAGUUGAAACGUACGAGGACAACGUUUACGGCGCCAAUAAGCCUCUCAAACCUCUUCACGCAGCGGCUUGUCAAAUAAAGGUUUUUAAGUUAAAAGGAGCCGAUCGCAAACACAAACAAGAUAGAGAAAAAAUAAUGAAACGUCCUCCUUCGGAGCAGGAAAAGUAUCAAAGAAGUUACGAAUACACAAUUUUGCAUGAAAUUUCACUUGAGCAUCUCUACAGCAUGAUUCCCAAUUGUUACAGUCCGGAAUCGAUUAAAAGAAAUAUUUCUCCGGCAUCUGAUUCACCAAAUCAAUAUCUUUCCAAGUACGAUGCGUUAGUUCCCUUUGGUGCGGGGGUUCAAACAGGAGGAUUGAUGCGCACAGAUAGCAUGACAUCGACCAAUGGCUUAUUGAAGCCCGACGAAAGUGAGAUAAUUAAUCUCAAUAAAAUGGAUUAUGAGGAAUAUAUAACGCCCAUUUCGGCAGAAUUCUCUCCCGUACAAGUUGCACAUUGGCUCGCCCAACAACGUUUAUCGAAAUUCACGAAUGCUUUUUCACGUUUUUCAGGCGUUGAUCUUCUUAGAAUGACAAAAGAAGACCUCAUCCAAAUCUGCGGCUUGGCUGACGGCAUUCGCAUGUACAACAUCAUCCAUUCGAAGAGCAUCUCGCCCCGUCUCACAAUUUACGUAACGUUGGACAACGCCGUCUAUCACGCCAUUUACUUGCACAGCUAUUCCAUCAAGGAAUUGUUCCAAAAGUUGCAUAAAGUGCCCGGAUUCGUUGAGCCGCCAUCGUCGCCGUGGGAUCUGCAAACGAAAUAUUCCGACAGCAACAACAGUCUCGUCGAUGCCGUCAAAAUGAACUUAUUCAUGAUUGGUCCGGCGAAUGUGCAAGUGAUGCUAACUGACGAGGUAUUGAGCAACGUGAAAAAUGACUCGCUUUUCGCGGUUGAAUCACAAAACGGAAAAAUUUUGAUGAGACCCGAAGUUGUAAUGAGCCAUUAAAAAAAUGAAAAAAAUGAAAGAAGAAAAUUUGAAACGGUGACGGAAUUUUUUUUAUAUUUUUUUUUUCUAGUGAGUAAUUUCGGUUAAAAGGAUUUUUUGCAUAAUUUUUUGUUUCUAAGAAUAAAUCUACAUAAAAAUAAUUUUUUUAAUUUUAAGAUUUUUUUAAAGUAUUUUUUUAAUGUUUGUCAAAUCAAUGAAAGACAAUUUUUAAUAAGUGCCUAAGUAAAUAAAAUUAGCUUUAAGUCACAUAAAUAUUAAUGAAAAAUAGUAGAGAGUUUCAAAAGGCUUCACCUUACUUUUUGAUUUAAUUUAGUCCAUAAAUUUAGAAUUUUCACCCAAUUUUAUAGUACUAGAUUUUAAUUUUUACUAAAAAAAAAUAUAUUUUUAUA